CGCAGUCGAUCGCCAGUCGUGCAUGGAGCGCCGUCAGUUGAUGUCAGAUCAUGUGAUUCUGUGGCAUGAGCCACUGCCCACUGCUACUGCGAAAGUCACCGUCCUCGGUCGUGCCAGUGCGUUUUCGCGUGUCAUUUGUUUUGUCCGUCGCCGGUAUCUGUAGUGUGUUUACGAAGUGUAGGUGGCCAAAGGUCACAGUUGACAGUCGGGUGGAUCAUCAGUGUCUGUGCUGCACUUUUGUGGAUUUUAAAAAGGUGAUUGUGACACUGAAGACACGCCCCCUAGACAGUCAUAAUAAAGAAGCUAUUUUCGUCGGUUCUAGGGUCUGAAUUGCUCAAGAAAAUCUGGAUAUCCUUAUG